AUGAAGAGUUCCACCACACACGCCACCAUAGAGGCUCUGCACACCUUGUUCAGUACAUUCGGGUUGCCCCGGACGCUGGUAUCCGAUAAUGGCCCACAGUUUACGAGUUCGGAAUUUAACACCUUCACGAAGCUGAAUAACAUAGUACACCUCCGAACAGCACCGUAUCACCCCCAGUCCAAUGGGCUCGCGGAGCGGGCGGUUCGGACUGUUAAGUAUUCAUUGAAGAAGAAUGUACAAGGGUCACUGAAAACCCGCCUGGCUAGGAUUUUGCACAGGUACCGCAGGACGCCGCAGGCCGGGGGCCGGACACCAGCGCAACUCCUAAUGGGCUACGAUCUUCGCUCCAGGCUGGACAACGCAGUGUCCAUUCCGCCCUCACCAGUUGACCGUCCCCCCCUCGAUGGGUGGCAGCCCGGGGAGCCAGUCUGGGUGAGGAACUUUGGGCGAGGCGAGCCGUCGACUCCAGCCAGCAUUACAUCGACAGACGGAGCCCGCCUGGUGAAUGCCGAUGGUCCGGAGGGGGAAACCAUUCGGCGCCACAGCGACCAGGUGAAGCCACGGGAGUUGGAGCGUGACCAGGGAGAAGCCGGCGACUCUCGGUGCCUCGAAACGGCCGGCGGGGCCCCAGCAGGAGGAACACCGAGGCGAGCGCCAACAAGGAGCGAGAUCGCCGGGAGCCCCUCAACUCCGGUGUUGCGUCGCUCGGGCCGGCAACGCAAACCCCCAGACCGUUACUCACCGUAG